GGUUUCAGAAGGAAGUGUCUGGGGCCGCCCGAGGAGCGUGCCCCGGGACCGCAGAGUGUGACUGGGCACGGUUGAGGCUCGUGCGUUCCCGGGGACUGCCAGGUACUAAAAUAUCCAUUAUCUAGGAAGUGGCUAUAGUUGCACUACCAUGCAUCACAGGAAAACUAUUAGUAAAGGGCCACCCUCUGCCUCAAAGAUUUACCAGCAACCUCCACGGCUUCUCAUCUUACACAUUGCUCUACCAUCCUGGGCUGACAUCUGCUCCAAUCUUUGUGAGGCAAUGCAGAACUUCUUCUCUCUAGCCUGCAGCUUGAUGGGCCCCAGCCGCAUGUCUCUGUUCAGCUUAUAUAUGGUACAAAAUCGACAUGAGUGCAUUCUCCCCUUUGUGCAAGUAAAAGGAAACUUCAUUAGACUACAGGCCUGCAUCUCAGAGCUCCGCAUGUUACCAACAGAAGGUUGUUAUGGACCACAGAGCACUUCCCUGCAGCUGGCAGUAGAGGAUGGGCUGCAGCAGUUCAAACAAUACAGCAGACACAUGUGCACAGGCACUGCUGUGCCCUGCACCUCCCUGGAGAUUACUGUACUGACUUCCCAGCCUGGAAAAGAAGUGGCUAAACAAUUGGAGGAAGGGUUGAAAGACAUUGAUCUACUUAGGGUCAGGAGACUUCAGGUUGUUCAAGUCACAAAAGGAAUCCUAGAACAAACGGACUCCUCAUCACCUGUGGAAGAGCCUAGCAAUGAUGAGAGUUAUAUCCUAGGAACUGACAUUGACCUCCAGACUAUAGACAACGAUACUGUCGACAUGGAGAUGUUCUUCAAAGGCUGGCUACAUAACAAUGAAACAGACCAAGAGCACAUUCAUCUUCUUCUUCCUUCAAAGAGGCUUCCUCCACCUUCCAGAGCCAGAGAUAUUCCAAUGUGCCUGAAAUGUGAUCUCCAAGAGCGAUUUCUCAGCCCAUCCCUGCUUCCUGGUACAGCUGACGGCAAGCUGAGAACGGAUGACCCCAAAGGAGAUGUCAGCACACUCUACCAGAUGGCUUCCCAGUCAUCAGCCUCUCAUUACAAGCUCCAUGUGAUAAAGGCUCUGAAAUCUAGUGGGCUCUGUGAGUCACUGACAUAUGGACUUCCCUUCAUCCUCAGGCCCACAAGCUGUUGGCAGCUGGACUGGGAUGAGCUGGAAACAAAUCAGCAGCAUUUUCAUGCUCUGUGCCACAGUCUGCUGAGAAGAGACUGGCUCCUAUUGGCCAGAGGGGAACCUCUGAGUCAAGGACACAACCAGAAAGUCGUUGCCAGCACCUUCUAUGUGAUCACACCAUCUCACUCCCUUACGCUACUGGUGAAGGCAGUGGCCACACGGGAACUAAUGCUGCCCAGCCUCUUCCCCCUGCUGUCUGAGGACCCACCAGAAGAUAGCCUGACUAUCGUGGAGAGUAUGUUGGACAGCCUGGAGCUGGAGCCUACCUACAACCCCUUGCAAGUUUGCAGCCACCUAUAUGCACACCUGAGCAGCACCUAUGCCAAGCCUCAGGGACGGAUCUACCCAAGCUGGGAAAGCCGAGGGCCUAGAAAGGCUGGACAGUUGCAGACCAACCGAGUUCGAGCCACAGUGGUCCCCCUGACUAUGACUCCAGCCCCAGACACAGCCCCCAAGAUGGCAGCAGCCAGCAAAGCUUCCUCAGAAGCCUUCCUGCCUUCUGAUUCCGAGGACGAGUAUCCCUCUCAGCCCUAAGUCUCCAGCACCAAAGCACAGCUGCCCUUUCCACCUUGCCUGUCAUCCCCCUGAGCCUCUGAGCUCAGGCCAAGAAGCAGUUUGAACCACUCCACUGGCGCCUGGAAAAGACACACCCAAUUCUGUUCUUUCUGUGGCAGGGGCUCUUUUUCUACUGGAUCAUUUAAUACUGUUAACACAGAUGAUUAAACACCCAGUAAGCUCCACCA